AUGAACACAUUCAACAUCAAGAAGCCCUUCAAGGCCAAGGUCAUCUCCGUGGAGCGCAUCGUGGGCCCCAAGGCCACAGGCGAGACCUGCCACAUCGUUCUGGAGACCGGGGGCGAGAUCCCCUUUGCGGAGGGUCAGUCGUAUGGCGUGAUCCCUCCCGGCACAAAGAUUAACAGCAAGGGCAAGGAGGUGCCUCACGGCACCCGCCUCUACUCCAUCGCCUCCACUCGCUACGGCGACAACUUCGAUGGCAAGACGGCCUCGCUCUGCGUGCGCCGUGCCACCUACUGGGACGAGGAGAAGGGGGCGGAGGAUCCCGCGAAGAAGGGCAUCUGCUCCAACUUCCUCUGCGACGCCAAGCCCGGCACCGAGGUCACCAUGACCGGGCCUACCGGCAAGAUCCUGCUGCUGCCCGAGGACCAGAAGACGCCCGUCAUCAUGGUCGCUACCGGCACGGGCAUCGCCCCCUACCGGGCUUUCUGGCGCCGCUUUUUCAUCGAGGACGUCCCUGGCUACAACUUUGAGGGCCUGGCCUGGCUGUUCAUGGGCGCUGCCAACUCGGACGCCACGCUGUACGACGAGGAGAUCCAGGCCCUGGCCAAGGCCCACCCAGACCAGUUCCGCGUGGACUACGCGCUGUCGCGCGAGCAGAAGAACUCCAAGGGCGGCAAGAUGUACAUCCAGGACAAGAUCGAGGAGUAUGCUGACGAGGUGUUCGACCUGCUGUCCUCCGGCGCCCACAUCUACUUCUGCGGCCUCAAGGGCAUGCUGCCGGGCAUCCUGGAGAUGUUGGAGCGGGUGGCGGGGACCAAGGGCAUCGACUGGCCCGACUUCCAGCAGAAGCUGAAGCACGCCGGGCAGCUGCACAUCGAGGUUUACUGA